GCGUUUCUGCAUUACAGCUUUUUCUGUUGGCCUUUUUGCUCCAUUUUUUCUUUGUCGUUUUUGUCAUUUCUUCUUCUUCUUCUUCUUCGUCUUUUUUCUGUUAGUAGCUGAGAAAAUUGACAACACCAAGAGUUCGAACCGGCAUUUUCUCUUGUUUUCUUUGCAUCGAAAAAUGGUCUGAAUUCUUUGAUCUCGUCUUUUGUUGCUCUGUUUCAGCUCCAUUAUUUUCUUAGUAUUUGUUUAUUUGAGGUGCUUGAAUCUAAUUCAGUUGCCAGUUCUUGAAGCUUUUCUAAUGGAGGCUGCGUUUUUAAUACCUUUAGAAUUAUCAAAAAGAAAAAAAAAAGUGUGAGGAGCUGAAUUUCGAUGAACUUUCGUGUGGUCUGAGUUCUAUAUUCGUUUUUGAUUAAGAUCUAUGAGAGUAGGAGAAAAUUUAUAUCGUUUUAAUCAUGAAAAUGGACGCUUUGGACUUGAAGCAAUAAAGAAAAAAAACACUAUGUCCUUUUCAAUGGUGAAAACUUGAAAGCCUCGGCCAUGGGUCAGAAAAGAGAGAUUGUGAUUAAGAGUAAAGUUAGCUCAGUUGCUUUGCUGCGUUAACUUACUGCUUAGUUUGUUUGUUUGUCCAGUGUCAUCUGCAAAACUGUCUUUUUUUUUAUUCUUUUUGUAGGGGAUAUAUUCUUGGUUGAUAAUGCUAUAUACCAAGGAAAUUUCUUUUGAAAAAUGCUUCAUUAACCUUUCUGAAUUUCUUCUGGGUCAUUUCUAACCGUGAUUUUGAUGACAGUGUUUAACUUUGUUGUGCUGGUAGAAAUCCAUCGCAAGAUAUCAGAUGUCUUUUAUCUUGGUUUUUUUCUUCUUUGAUUUAAAUUUCGGGAUAGAUAUGCAAAUCGACGCUGCUUAUGCUAGGAUCAAGAAAUGUUGGAUAAAUGCAAAUAGAAUAUGAGUAUCACAGUAAAGAGGAAUUGGAAAAUGCAUAAUUUGUUCUGAUUUAGGCAUUUUUGAGGGCCACGGCCCACAGUGCAGGGCAUAUUACUUUCAGAAUUGUUUUAAUACUUCACGUUAAGGACCACUGUUGUGUACUCCUUAUUUUCACCAAAAGUUAUUGAAUGGUGAAUUUAACCAUUUAUUUUGAAGUUGUAAAUUUUCAUCAUUGAUAUUAGUUGCAAACAGCACAUGCUGGAUGGUCUUAAAGGUUUCAAAAUGGAGAUGUGUACCAUUUUCCUUUGUUGAGGUUGACACAAUGUAACUUCAAUUUUACUGGUUGUUACCCUUGAGAUACACUCGACUGAGUAAAGGGCCAGGAGAAGAUCAUUCUGCUGUCAAGUGAGGAGUAGGUCACCUAAUGAUAAGUAUGUGCAACUACAUGUGUUUUUGCAUCCAGUGUUAGCAUUCAACUAACAAGCUUUGACAGGAAUAUCAGUUACUAGUCUCUCCCUCAUCACAGCUUCUUCAUUACUUGUAGUUAAAAAGUGAAUCAACUUAAGUAUGAAAGAGACUGGCAAGAGAAGAAAUUCGGCUAAUGUCCAAUCAAAGCACUCUGGAAGAACUGUAAGGAAAAAUAAUAAACCACAUCAAGAGACUGGUGGCAAAACUUUGAAUGCGAAAGAAACUGAAUCCAAAGCUUUGAAAGCUAGACCAGACAAUAGUUCCUUAGUAAGUGAUUCAAAUGCGGGCUCUGAGCCCUCUGAAGUUUAUGAAAAUGUGGUUAUACAUUAUGUGGAUGAUGUUAACAGGUCUGAAGAAAUAUCUCAAUAUUCAAAAGCUAAUGCAAUGACCAAUAAAGUAAAAAAGGAUGAGAUUUUAGAUGAUCGCUCCAGUGAUGUGGACGGAGAAACAAGUCAGGGAAAGGAAGGAGAAUCAGAUUCUGAGACAAUAAAAGAUUCAGUAUCAUCUCAAGGAGAUCCCUUGACAGCUGAGGAUGAGAAAGGAGAGAGUGUUUCCGGGGUUCCAAAAGUUGUCUUCAAUGGCAACCUCUCAGAUAGCUCUUCCCGUGGAUCCAGAAUGGAAUCUGAGCCUGAAACUAAUAAACUAUGCUCAAAGGCAUUGAAUAAUACUUGUAAGAAAUCUGAAAAAUCUAAUGGAGGGCCUACUAAGGAUGCUGUCAAGAGUUCUUUAGAAAAAAAUUCCAAUGCCUUGAAAGUUUCUCCUAAGCCUUCAUCAGAGUCUUCAGAAGUAUCUAAUGACAAGCAGACUGAAGAGGUAAAAGAAAUUGAUGUUUUGGAUGAGACAUCAAAAGGCACUCAAAGUUUUGGAAGUGAAAGUGAACCAGUUGAUGCUGAAGACAAAUUUCAAGUUGAAGAUGAGUCAGCUUUAAAUGAAAAGAUAGAAGAGAUGGAGACAAGAAUUGAGAAACUUGAAGCAGAGCUGAGAGAAGUGGCUGCCCUGGAAAUUUCUCUUUACUCUGUUGUACCAGAGCAUGGGAGCUCAGCACAUAAAGUGCACACACCUGCUCGACGCCUUUCUAGACUCUACAUACAUGCUUGCAAGCAUUGGACCCAAAACAAGCGAGCCACAAUUGCUAAAAACUCAGUGUCUGGGCUUAUUUUGAUUGCUAAAUCUUGUGGUAAUGAUGUUUCGAGGUUAACCUUCUGGUUAUCAAACACCGUAGUUCUGAGGGAGAUCGUUUCUCUGGCAUUUGGCAACUCACGCAACUCAAGUCCACCUACACGGCUUCCUGAGUCAAACGGCAGUAACAAACGGAGUGAAGUAAAGCCUCCAACUCUAAAAUGGAAAGGUGGUGCUGGUAGUAAACAUGUAAAUGGUUUUGUGCAGCUUGUUGAUGAUUGGCAAGAGACAGGAACCUUCACAUCUGCACUGGAAAAAGUGGAAUCUUGGAUAUUUUCUCGAAUAGUCGAGUCAGUAUGGUGGCAGGCUCUUACUCCGUAUAUGCAAGCUCCUCAUGAGGGUUCAUCUGCCAACAGAACGGUUGGAAAUUUAUUGGGGCCAGCCUUGGGUGACCAACAGCAAGGAAAUUUUUCUAUCAACCUUUGGAAAAACGCUUUUCAAGAUGCUUUUCAACGACUUUGUCCUGUUAGAGCAGAAGGACAUGAGUGUGGUUGCUUGCCAGUCAUUGCAAGAAUGGUUAUGGAACAGUGUAUUGCAAGGCUAGAUGUCGCAAUGUUCAAUGCUAUUCUGAGAGAGUCUGCCCAUGAGAUCCCAACAGAUCCUGUAUCUGAUCCUAUUGUAGAUUCAAAGGUUCUGCCUAUUCCAGCUGGAGAUCUUAGCUUUGGAUCUGGUGCACAGCUGAAAAAUUCUGUUGGCAAUUGGUCAAGAUGGCUGACUGAUAUGUUUGGCAUGGAUAGUGAUAAUGCUUUAAAAGAAGACCAGCAUAAUAGUCAAGAUGAUUUCAGACAAAAUGGAGAUGGAGAAUCUAAAUCCUUCCUUUUCCUUAAUGCCCUGAGUGAUCUUCUAAUGCUUCCAAAGGACAUGCUAAUGGACCGUUCAAUCAGAAAUGAGGUGUGCCCAUCAAUAGGUCUUCCUUUGGUUAAACGCAUUCUUUGCAACUUCACUCCAGAUGAAUUUUGUCCUGAUCCUGUUCCAGGAGCUGUAUUGGAAGCCCUGAAUGCUGAGAGUACUGUUGAGCGGAGAUUUUCAGGGGAUUCAGCAAGGAGUUUCCCUUAUGCAGCUGCCUCAGUUGUGUACACUCCUCCGCCCUCAGCAGAUGUGGCAGAAAAAGUUGCAGAGGCCGGAGGGAAGUCGCAGCUGUCAAGGAAUGCAUCAGUGGUACAGAGGAAAGGAUAUACCAGUGAUGAGGAACUGGAGGAAUUGGAUUCUCCACUUACAUCAAUAAUAGACAAAUUGCCAUUAUCUCCAACAAUGGUUGGCAACGGAAGAGUAAAUGGAAAACAUGAGCAUGAAGGCUAUGGAGCUGUAAAUGCAAGAUAUGAACUCCUGCGUGAGGUGUGGUCUGCGUGAGGGUUUAAGUUAUUGCUUUGUGUAUAUCUCUCGUGUUUUGUAGGUGAGGAAGACAAAGAAAAAAAAAAUCAAGGGAGAGAAGUGUUUAGAUGAUUCAAAGUUUUAGAAUUAUUAAACAUGGCCUAAUGGCUUGAAUGUAUAGUUGGAAGAAGUCGCUUUGCUUUUUCUUGAUUAAAAUCAACUGCAAUUAUGAUUUCAUUAUAUAGCUUUUUCUCUUUAUUUUUUUCCCUGAA